AUGUCGUACGCGUUUGCCCGUGGCUCACCGCUGACCGAUGUGGUAGCGGUGUACCUAAGGUGGAUGUAUGAGGCCGGGCUGAUGCGUUUGUUUCAUCAAGAUUACGAGCAGUAUCUGCAACCGAACGAUUAUGCACAUACGCUUGAAGAUUCGCUGGCGUUUGAGCAUCUGAUGUCGCUGUGGGUCUGUGUCGGUAUCGGAUUGGAAAAGCUUACCAGCUAUGAGAGUUAUCUUGCCUUGCCGUACCCAAAAGUGAUCGUACAGAGCGGCGUCUCCAUCGGCACACCCGAUGAGACAAGCUUAAUCGUAAUGUACAUCGAUUGCAGCACAUUGAGCAACUUUCACAUCCAAUUCAAAGCGAUCAUGCGUGACUUUACCAGGAUCGUUCGGAAUGGAAAGUACAUCGUACUGGUGGAGGACGCGUACCUUCCUAAGGGCAAUGUAGCGGUCGCAAUCGAGCUUGGAUCUGCGUUCUCAACGUACAACGUCGUGUACUGGUGUGUGACAGGGUUGCACCGGGCGACCGAGCUCCAGUACACGCUGUUCUUUGCGUCGAGCGUUUACUUCAUGAACGGUCCACUGGCGUACGCACCGGCGUUUGAGUGGAACCGCGGCCUGUUGCGCAAUGUCACGUUCGAUAUCUACGCCCAGGCAUUGAUAACCUUUCCCUACACCCACUUCCAGGGCGAACAUCGAUCGUUUUGUGGGAUUGAUGUGAACAUUUUUGAUACCAUUAUGGAACGGAUCGGCUGUCAGCUGAAGGUGCGCAUCAUACAACCGACGGAUAGUAGAGAAAAUGAUAUCGCGGACAUAACUGGCAGUUUGCAUCGGUUGAAAGCGGACGCAAUGAUGACGCGCCGACACAUCUAUGUGGGUAUUCUGCCCGUCGUGUACAUCCCGGACAUUACGUACUACUGUCUGGUAGCUCCACGCACUACGCAGAUCGACCUGACGCAAUCGUUGCUGCGUCCGUUCUCAGGCGCGGUUUGGUGGUUUAUCGUAGUGUGCACGGUUUUGAUAAGCGCAUUGAAUGAACUAUCCCAGCAGCACACUCGGCUUGGGCGACUGGCGCAACAGCUUUUCGCUCGCCAACCGAUCGCAUCCUUCUAUCGCAUUUGUUUCGCGUUCAUUAGCUUCGUCCUUAUCGAGUCGUAUCUCGCUACGGUGACAUCCUUCUUUCUUGCCUACCGGUUCGUGCCGGAUGCGAAAACGCUGGAGGAAUUUUUCGCCACGGGCAUACCGAUAAGGUUGCAGGAAGGAAUGGACACAUUUUUGAACAAUCUUGAACCACGCUUGAGGGAUGCAAUAAUGGCGCGCGGUGUUGGCGCAUCCGUGUGUGCGCCAUACUCUACCCAGUGCGCUCAUCUGGAAAGCUUCGCAAUGGCUUCGUACCAGAUCAGUGAAAACGUCGGCAUUGAUCCGGUUAGCGGUCGAAAGCGGUCAUACAUUGUGCCGGAAAUGGUGGCAAGAUACAGCUAUUUAUCGUACGCGUUUGCCCGUGGCUCACCGUUGACCGAUCUGGUGGCGAUGUACCUACGGUGGAUGUAUGAGGCCGGGCUGAUGGGUUUGUUUCGGCACCAGUACGAGCAGUAUCUGCAGCCGACCGUGCACGUACACACGGUGGUGGACAGUUCGCUGGAGUUUGAGCAUCUGAUGUCGCUGUGGAUCUGUGUCAGUAUCGGUUGGGGCGUAUCGUGCGGUGUGUUUGUCGUGGAAAUGGGUCACGGAUGGCUGCAAAGAGUUCUAAAAGGAAGGCGUCAGAUUGCUGGAAAUGCUGGAAAACAGGCUUGGUGUAAAGUGGCCAGCAAAACGGGUCCAAUGGCUGGUACGAAGAGUGUGAAAUGA